UGCUAGCUCAGAAUCUCUCCAAACCCUUAUCUCUAGCGCCCUCGCUCGUUUCUUCUCCAGAAUCCACCAUGGCUGUUGCGUUUGAAGCCUUCUCCAUCCGGGAGUACGCGGCGAAGAUGAGGAGCGUGGACGUGUUCAAGUGUUGUCCUUUCAUCGACGACGAUCAUGGUGAUGAUGAUAAGGUUAUGAGCAGAGAGGAAGCUGAGUCCUUGCUACCGCCGAUCACUGUCACCAAGUUCAAGCUGUGGUCCCAUGAGCUCGAUCGCAUCAAAUCCAAUUUCCAACCUCAAGAGGAGGAGACCCUCAUCACCCUCACCAACAAAGAGAGCGCUGAAGAAAUCCCAUCCAACGACGACCGUCAAUUCACUGCUAUGCCUGAAACUCAUGAGGAGGAGGAGGUUGAGGUGGCCGAGAAAGCUUCCGGGUCGACGUUUGUUACUCCGGUUUGUAAAGAUUUCGAAGCGGCGAGUGCCAAUGCUGUCCACGCGCAUGCCAGUAGGUGUCUUGUUCACGCGUCUAGGGAGGAGCCGAGGCCGGUGGGGAAGAGAGGAGGCGCCGCCAAGGCCAAGUCCAAGGCACCCAAGAAGAGAUCGAUAGCCGAUAUUUUCGCUGUGGCGCCGCCGAUCCCAACAGUUGAUGAGACUAAUGAGGAGGAAGUUUGUGAGGAAGAUUCAGACCUAGAUCAAAUCCUUGCUGCUACAAUACUAGAGGAUAAGGCGAAGAGAAGAAAGAAACAGAAGCCUGUGGUACUUUUGGAAGACAACAACAAUUGCCACAAGAAGUUCAACAAGAAGAAGACGAAGAAAAACAAGGAAAAUUCUUGCAAGCUCAAACAGCAAUCUCCAGUCAAUUUUGCCAAAAAGCUGCAUAAGAAGGUUGCAGUAGAUGUUUCUGAUCCUGGAACUGGUCGUGCAAGGACACCAAAUGUGAAAAAUUUAUGUACGGAGAAGAGAAAAGUAGCUCAAACAUCCAAAUUCAUUCCAAAGCAGAAAAGGCCAGUGUCUCCCACUCGCAGCAUUCUCAAGAAUCAUCUUCUUUGUAGGCAGAACUCUACAUACAGAAUGGAACAUGAUAAUCAAGAAAAUACUUGUGGUUUUCAACAUUUAAGAAGGCAUGUCAGGUUCUCUGGCAAGGAUGCCAUACUUGGUCCAAGUAAGAAUGAAAAAUCUUCUUUUGAGCAUAACUUAUUUUCUGAUACACUAACCAGUUCAUCGGAGAAGGAUCAGUCUGCUGAUAGUGAUAAAGAAGCAUCCCCAGUUGAGGUAGACAGAAGAGAAAACGAUGUUUCUGUUGGCACUGAUAACGGAAUCGAGGCUUUCAGUAAAGCUGGCAGGAAUGAAUAUCCUGAACUUGAUGAUCACGUAGGUAUACCGAGUUUCCUUAGGACACAUAUUAAUCAUCAAGAAAAGGCAAAGCAUUUGGCUGAGAAAUCAGAGCCUGCAAAUACAGUUGCUGCAGUUCCAGAUACUGAUUUGCACAUGUUCAAUCAAGGCUACCUGACCACUGCACGUGAACCUGCAUAUGCUGGCAUUCCUAGGCUGAUAUCUGCUCUAGAAGAUUCCUGUGAAGAUACUCAAGGAGAUAGGGUUCCCAGAGGUUUUGGUCCCAGUGGCAAGAUGAUCGAUCAUUUUGUGCAUCCUGACCAUGGAGUUUCUGCACCGAGUUCAAAAGAAAAUUCUGGAGCAUUUUUUGAACCUUCUAUACGUAAUUUCAUUUCUAAUGAGAAUGCACAAGGGAGAGUUCAGUUUCUGUCACAAUCUGAGGGAGAUAGAAUGGGCGAUCGUGUGUUGCGCUACCAAUCCAUAUGUCCACCUAUGAACAUCGUAGGUGGAGAUAGAAUGAGCGAUCAUGGUCUGCCCUACCAAUCAAUACGUCCGCCUAUGGACAUAGUAGGUAGCUCAUAUCAUUUUCCACAGUGGAAACAAAGACCACUUACCUUUACGGAAAGGCUUUUGGAUGAUAAGUUUUAUGGUUUGCCUCUCAAUUCACAUGGUGAGCUAAUACAGUUUAGUUCAAAGGGUGGAAGUGGUUUUGAUCAGCUGGGGAAGUUGAAUACUGUAGCCAGAUCCUCCAGUAGCUUACCUGCAUACAACCAGCAUUUUCAAGAGACGGAACUUCCAACUGAUCAGUUGAAUUUGUUUCCGUUGCAGAAUCAUGUGAGGGGGAAUUCCAGUUCACAAUUUACAGAUAGAGUAGGUAUUACUUACUUCGGAAAUGCUCAGAGACCAGACGUGCACCAGCUUGAUUUUGAGAGUAGAAGCAGGCACUCUUUUCGUCCUCUUAAUUCAGACCUGGAUUUAUUCAGUAUCUCUAGCAGUAGAUGCAGGCAGUUUGACCAGGUACAGAACGAAAACAUAGGCAGAAUGGUUCCCAAAGAAAUUUCAUGCCCCAUGCCGCUGAAUAUGAAUCAACCAACAAUGCGGUUAAUGGGAAAAGAUGUUGCAAUUGGUAAUAGUAGCAGACAGAUUCAAGGGUUUGAGGAUGAAAAGGUUUGGAUGGAUAAGGAAAUUAUAACUGAGCAUUGUCCUUCAAAUAACUCCUUGCUGAAUCCUUUAUUGAAGCAGAAUUUCCAUCAGAAAUUUUAUCAACCGACAACAUCAACAAAAAUGAAAGAAAUGGUAUCCGAGUGCAGUGAACAGGCUCAACAAUCAAAUUUACGGAUGAAAGCUCCAGAGUUUAGGUUUCCUCACCCCUACCAGGCAUGUCAUAGUAGCUCGGGUUUUGAGUACAGCAGCCAUACCACCUCCAAAAGCCCAACUGUUAGUUGUCUGCAUUUUUCUCAGUCACCUUCACCUGCAAUGUUCAAUGGGGAACACAAUUUUCGCACACCUUUCAUACCUAGAACUGAAUCUCUACAAUCUCAACUGUUUGGUUCUCAGCCACCUGUAUUCUCUACUCCGCAAGUUACCUAUGAGCAUGGAAUUUUAAGACCAGAAACCAGUUACAAGCCGCAUCAACCUCAUUUUAGAAAAUCAGCAUUUGACUUCCCUUUCCUAAAUCCAGAGUGUAGAGAAAAUUUCCAACCAUCAUGGUUUCAGAAUUCUUCAAAGGCUGGCCUGCCUCCUUGGUUGUUGCAUGCAACACUUCAGCGAAACCCGCCAAUUACACCUCCUCAGGCACAGGUUUUUCCUAGUACCACUAGCAAAUACCUUCAUCAUAUCAUGCCCAGAAAUAACAAUCUCAAUGCCCCCUCCAUGCAUUAUUCAUCCGAAUCAUCUCAUUUACAAGUGAAGAGGUCACAAGUUCCUCAAACUGCGGCUUCGCAUCAAUGUUUUCAAGUCAUUCCAGAAGAAAAUCCCAGUUCUGCCAUGAUGAGCUACAGAAACAGAAAGGAUCUGAAAGGCAGAAUGAAACCUCAAAGGUUUGGUAUCAAAGACCUUUAUCCAUGCAAGAAAACCAAGAGAUUAGCAGUUGAUUCAACAAACCUUCCUAACAUAAUCAACUUAGAAGUGCAAGAGAAGUCAAGAGUCAUGGCAGGAUUGUCGUCAAAUGGGGAUUUCAUUGAUGAAAUGCAGUCAAAUUUCAGAGCACUUGGGCUUGAAUCAAGUCAGAAGCAAGCAAGUGGUUCGGAGUGCAUCCUACAUGAAACUCGAAAGGAUGGAUUGGGAAGUUUCCGCAUCGAGUCUUCCAAAGUGGAUGAUGUAGGGAGAUCAGGUCCCAUGAAACUAUCUGCAGGGGCAAAACAUAUCAUUAAACCCACUCCGAAUGUGGAACAAGAUAACUGCAGGCCAAUGCAUUCAACUAUCCCUUUUGUUGCAGCAACAAAUGGCUGUACAGAACCUGACCCUCAGACGAAAUCAACAAAAAUUUACAAGUUCUAAGAGGGUUGUUCUACUUGAAGUACCAACUCCAACACUUCCAGUUAGCUUGGAGAUUUUAGAAUGCAUCUUUCUUCUGUAGUCAGGUUUUUUCAAUGUGACAUCUGUAAAAUAUGACAUUGUAAUGUUGGGAUAUUUGGUUUAAUCAUGUGCUCAUGGUUACUGUAUAGUUCCCUAGUUCCUUUCAAACUUCA